GGAGUGCCGGACUUCGCCCCCCACCCAGGGUGCCCGUUUGUAUUCCCGGGGGAAAAAAGCCGAGCACGGCGGGCUGGGUAUCCGGCGGGAGCGGGCAGCCCCAGGAAAGCCCAGCAGAGCCCAGCCCAGCAGACCAUGCUGCUGAAGGCUGUGCUGCUCCUCUCCCUCCUGGCUGCCUUCCCAGUGUCACCGGCCCAGGCGGGGAAGGGCAGCUUCUGGGAAUACCUGAGCCAGCUGACAGGGGACAAGGACAGCCUGGAGCGCAGCCAUGGCAAGCUGGGCAAGGACAUCACGAACCUGAAGGAAAGCAUUCAGGAUGGAGUCAGCUACAUGGGAGACUUCCUGGGGAAGCUGUCACCCCUCCCCAGGGGCCCCCAGCCCCAGCUGUCCCAGGACUCGGACAGCCUGCGGAAGGUCAUCCGGAGGGAGCUGGAGAGCCUGCGGGUGAAGCUGUCCCCGUACGUGGACGAGGUGCACCACCAGGUCGGGAAGCACCUGGACGACCUGCGGCACCAGCUGCAGCCGUUCACGGAGGAGCUGCUGGACGAGGUGUCCCUGCGGGCGCGGGACCUCCGGCGGCAUCUGCUGCCGAGCCGGGAGGUGACGGCGCAGCUCCUGGAAGGUGCCGGCGAGCUCCAGCGCUUCAUGGCCCACUACGCCGACAAGAUCGCCUUCCACACGGACCAGGUGAAGGACAUCUUGCACCCGUACGCCGACAGGCUGGCCACCGAGAUCCACCGCAACGUGCAGGAGCUGCACCGCUCCGUGGCCCCCCACGCCCGCGCCACCCCGGAGCAGCUCAACCAGCACAUCCAGGAGCUGUCGGCCAAGCUGACCCGCAACGCGCGGGACCUGCACCAGCAGAUCCAGAGGAACCUGGAGCAGCUGAAGGCGAAGCUGAGCCUGUACCCCGAGAGCCUCGGGGAGCACCCGGCCCCCCCAGGCCGAUACCGGGAGGCGCUGGCUCGGGAGGUGCAGCGGCGGGUGGAGGAGUUCCGGCGGGACACCUACGUCCAGAUCCAGGCCUUCACGCGGGCGCUGGACCAGGAGACGGAGGAGAUGCGGCUGAAGCUCAGCGCCCGCCCCGACCCGCCGGAGGAGCCGCGGGACGCGCCGCCGCCGCCCGUGGAGGACCUGCGGGCGCAGCUGGACGCGCUGUGGAGGGACCUGGCGCUCAGCCUGGGCGGGGAGGCGGGCGGGGAGCGGUGAUGGGCGGGGGCCGCGGGCCUGGGU